CGUUAUGCAAUUAGCCAGAGUAGUAAAUACCAACAAUGAUCUAAACAGCGGGGAGGACGUAUGAUGGUAUGCUUUGAGGAUUAAGUGAUCGAAAUGUAUCGCUGUAACAAAAAUGUCGGAAAUUUAAACAGAAAGUAAACUUCGCAGACAUGUUUUUGGCCGAAUGGCAAGUGUAGUUGACAAAUUCAAAAAGCGUAAUGCUAAAGGUAGCAAUAUGUCUGUGGAGUGGUCAAGGACUGGAACUUUCCUUCACAAACCAGAACGAGGCUGGAUACACCCUGAUGAACAGUUAGCUGCUGAUGCUGGUAUUUGUUACGGAGUUAGGUAUAUUGGUUGUUUAGAGGUGAAAGAAUCUAUGAGAGCCUUGGAUUUUGAUACGAGGACAGCCCUGGCAAGAGAAGCCAUAAACAGAGUAAGUGAGGCAGCUGGUUUAAAGACAGCAACAAAGAGGAAAAAGAUUGACAAGCGUAUAGGUAAGAUGCUGAGUGACACACCAUGCAUGCAGUUUGCAGGAUCUAAUGUUAACCUGACAAUAACAGUUGACAGUAUUAACUUGAUGGUCAUGGAAUCAGGGGAAGUGAUAGCUGAUCACUUGAUGCCAGGGAUUUCCUUUGCCUCCGGUGGUGAUGCAGAGACAUUGGACUUUGUGGCAUAUGUUGCAAAAGAUGAAGUGACGGGACGUUCUUGCCAUGUAUUAGAGUGUGGGGGUGGACUAUCUGAGGACGUGAUUACAACAAUAGGCCAGGCUUUUGAGUUACGAUUUAAAGAAUAUUUGAAAAAGCAACCAAAGCCAGUACACGUUCCAACAAGAUUAGAACAGUCAAUACAAGAAGGCGAUGCCUGGGGAGAAAAUGAAGACAAUGAUUAUUACAACGACAACCCAUCAGCCAGACCCCCAUCUCCUGCCAGACGUGUGCCAUCAGAAUACGCCACACCACCAUCAAACUUACCUGUGAGUGAUGGAGUGUAUUCUUCAGUGAAAGAGACUGCCAGUAAUGGUCCAACUUACGAUACACCAAAAGAAAUGUCUUUAAUAGACUUUGGUGACGACGGUGGCAAAAAUAUUUAUGAUAAUUCUGAAAAAGGUCAAGGUAAUGCUGAUGUUGACCCUUCACAGUCAGAUCUCUAUGACAACUCCAAGUUAAAAGGUGGAAUAUCGUCCCCACAGAGUCCUCUGGACCCCUUUGAUAUGGAACCAUUUAAUUCCUCCCUAUCCAAUGGGCAUGGAGAGCCACAAAGUGGUGGAGCAGCAGAAGGGCGAGCAAAGGCAAAUGGUGUACAAAACAAAUCUCCCAUCUUUGAAGAAUGGUUCCAUGGUAACCUCAGUAGAAAAGAAGCAGAGAAGUUGUUGCAGAAUGAUGGUGACUUCCUCGUACGGCAAAGUUCAGCCGACCAAAACCAGUAUGUACUCAGUGGCAGACAGAAUGGUAUAGUGAAACAUCUGUUGUUAGUUGAUCCAGAGGGGGUUGUAAGAACGAAAGACCACUCAUUUGACAGUGUGCCUCACUUGAUACACUUCCACAGAACACAGAAAAUACCAAUUGUUUCUCAGGAGAGUGAACUUCAUUUGAAACAACCAAUCAGCAACAAACUUACAAUGUGCUGAUAACCAGUGGCCAAUGAGUGCUAUUUGGAGGAUCCAAUCAGCAACAGGCUUACAGUUGCUGGCCAAUGAAGAUGAUUAUAAUCUGAACAGCCAAUCAAAAAGAAGCUAAUAGUUUGUUGAUUAUAAAAUGCACAAGACAAGACUUAGUGAAAAACCCAAGAAUAAAACUUUCAGAAAAAAAUUACACACACACAAAAUGUUUUUACUUUGGUGACACGAUUGUUGUUUUAGAUGUGUGUAUGUUAGUAUUGGAGGUUGACUAUUAAGUCAUUAAGAGGCCUCCAUACCUUCAUCUUCAUAACUACAUUGAUGUGAUGAAAAAAGCUGACAGAGUAACUUUCUCUGCUGUUCAUCAGUCUUCCAAAUUGUGAACUUUUAACCGUACACAAACUUUUGAUAUAUGGUGUUUGCUUUUUGUAAGUUUAUCAGAAUACAGCAAGAGAUUUUUUAAGUGUGAAAUUUGUUGUAUAUUUUCAGAAUUUUCCUGUACAAGUAUUUUUACCUGUUUUGACACAUUGAGUUCUUUUACAGGACCAAAAUUUCAGGAAGAGCAUAUAGUUGAGUUGAUCAUUUAAAAUUGUACAUCUUUUGUACAUUUGUUUUUUUAGCUCACCUGUCACAAAGUGACAAGGUGAGCUUUUGUGAUCGCGCAGCGUCGGUCGUCCGUCGUGCGUGCGUGCGUAAACUUUUGCUUGUGACCACUCUAGAGGUCACAUUUUUCAUGGGAUCUUUAUGAAAAUUGGUCAGAAUGUUCCCCUUGAUAAUAUCUAGGUCAAGUUCGAAACUGGGUCAUGUGCGGUCAAAAACUAGGUCAGUAGGUCUAAAAAUAGAAAAACCUUGUGACCUCUCUAGAGGCCAUAUAUUUCACAAGAUCUUCAUGAAAAUUGGUCAGAAUGUUCACCUUGAUAUCUAGGUCAGGUUCGAAACUGGGUCACAUGGCUUCAAAAACUAGGUCAGUAGGUCAAAUAAUAGAAAAACCUUGUGACCUCUCUAAAGGCCAUAUUUUUUUUGGGAUCUGUAUGAAAGUUGGUCUGAAUGGUCAUCUUGAUGAUAUCUAGGUCAAGUUCGAAACUGGGUCACAUGCGGUCAAAAACUUGGUCAGUAGGUCUAAAAAAAGAAAAACCUUGUGACCUCUCUAGAGACCAUACUUUUGAAUGGAUCUUCAUGAAAAUUGGUCAGAAUGUUCACCUUGAUGAUAUCUAGGUCAAGUUUGAAGCUGGGUCACGUGCCUUCAAAAACUAGGUCAGUAGUUCAAAUAAUAGAAAAACCUUGUGACCUGUCUGAGGCCAUAUUUUUCAUGGGAUCUGUAUGAAAGUUGGUUUGAAUGUUCAUCUUGAUGAUAUCUAGGUCAGCUUCGAAACUGGGUCAACUGCGGUCAAAAACUAGGUCAGUAGGUCUAAAAAUAGAAAAACCUUUUGACCUCUCUAGAGGCCAUACUUUUCAAUGGAUCUUCAUGAAAAUUGGUCAGAAUGUUCACCUUGAUGAUACCUAGGUCAGGUUCGAAACUGGGUCAAGUGCCAUUAAAAACUAGGUCAGUAGGUCAAAUAAUAAAAAAACCUUGUGACCUCUCUAGAGGCCAUAUUUUUCAUGGGAUCUGUAUGAAAAUUGGUCUGAAUAUUCAUCUUGAUGAUGUUUAGGUCAAGUUCGAAACUGGGUCAACUGCGGUCAAAAACUAGGUCAGUAGGUCUAAAAAUAGAAAAACCUUUUGACCAUUCUAGAGGCCAUAUUUUUCAAUGGAUCUUCAUGAAAAUUUGUCUGAAUGUUCACCUUGAUGAUAUCUAGAUAAAGUUUGAAACUGGGUCAUGUGUGGUCAAAACUAGGUCAGUAGGUAUAAAAAUAGACAAACCUUGUGACCUCCCUAGAGGCCAUACUCUUAAUGUGAUCUUCAUGAAAAUUGGUGAGAAUGUUAAGCUUGGUAAUAUCUAAGUCAAGUUCAAAACUGGGUCAUGUGCCUUCAAAAACUAGGUCAUUAGGUCAAAUAAUAAAAAACCUUGUGACCUCUCUAGAAGCCAUAUUUUUCAAUGGAUCUUCAUGAAAAUUGGGUCCUGUGGUGACAGGUGAGCGAUUCAGGACCAUCAUGGUCCUCUUGUCUUUUAAUUGCAAUUUCUUGCUUAAAUCACACAGUUUGUUUAAGCUUGACAUUUUGGUACCAUUUUCAUCAUGAUUGCCCUUAAGAAUUCAGCAUGAGAACUAGGGUCACAAACCACAACUCAGGUUUUAUGUAAUAUUGUUGAAACUAAACUUACAAUUAGUUGUUAAAAUCAAAAUAUGUUACUUGCAUCAAAUAUGACCCUGACUUCUCAGUUGAGGUAAAUGUAGUGCUAACUUUGUUCUUCAAAAUCAAGAGAUUAAAGACUGUAGGUGUGCAUUGCAGCUCUUUGAGGUUUGCUCAUUAAGAUAAAGAGGGCCAGCUAUUUAGUGUGUUUAUGUCUUGUGGCAAAUGAUUGUUUAUUUUUGUCCAGUGGCGCAAUCAUUUAAAUUUUGUGAUGUUAAAAAUUGAUAUUGUUUAUUUUCCAUUUCUUGCAUAUUAUCAUGCACAGCUUUCUUACUUUUUGUAUUGGUAAAUAGUGCUUUACACUCCCUCAUGCUAGUUUAUAUAGUGCCAGAUUUGUGUGAUUUCUUUUUAACAUUCCAAUUUUUGAUGCUUGAUUAAUUAAUUUCAUUGCUCUAAGCGGCGUGUAAUUAGAAUAGUAAAAGGGUAGUUGCUUGAUUAAUAUUUUUUAAUGCUCUAAGCAGUGUAUAAAAAACUUGUAGAAAGAUAGAAGAAAUAGAAGAAUAGUUUAAUUAAUCAUGUUUUAUUACAUGACACCAGGAGAGGGUUUGAUUGGAGAUUGGAUAGGAUAUCUUAUAUUGUGUAACAUGCGGUUUCAUCUUGUUCAGUACUUUAGCAGCCAUUUAUGUAGCCUAACACAGUUAAAUGUGACUCGAUAUUGUAAAUAAUAUAACAUAAAUGGAUGAAAUACAAUGUUACCAACCACUUUGCCGUGGUUAGACUUACGUUUUAGGGAGAGUCCAAUAUGCUCUUCAUUCAGUGGUUGUCUUUUUUGCAUUUUCUUUUUUUCUUUUUUUGAUUUGGAAAUGUAACUGCUUCAGAUACAUCUCCCAUUAAUUAUAGAUAAAUGCUCAGAGUCUAAGAGAGGAAAAGAAAUGAUGAUUUCGUAAAGAAUGUAUUAUCCAUGAUGAGUCGUAAUGUACAUGUGUGAACAGUAAAAUACUCAAAACAAAAUUAUUGCAAAAGUAUUAAAAGUACUUGUUCUCUUUUAUAAUCUUUUAUUAAAAUUAUUGUUUAUUACACAUUUGUUAUAAGCAUUUUUAAGCUUUUACCUAAAGUGCUUUUGGAUCUUUGGUUGCAGAUUUUUUUAUACACUUUUUUCUAUGUACAAAUAUGCAGGAAAAUCAAACAUGUUAUGACUGGUUCAGAUAGUUUCUCUUCAGUUUAAGUCAUGAAAAUACUGUUUACUUGACUGGUUACAUGGGAUAAUUAUAUAUUUGUUUAUAAAUACCUAUUCACAUGGACUUAAUUUUCUCUCUUGUCUAGUCAAUGACUGUUAUGUAACUGUAAUUUUUCUACCAACAGUCAUUCACCUUAACAAAGAAUAUGCCAGACUCAAGUAGAAGUAGGUCUCUAACUUCAAGAUUAAGUUCACAAUUUGAGAUCAAAGAUACACAGGUCAUUUAUAAUUUUCACACGAAUGGUCUUGAAAACAAGUAACAGAAGUCAAAUUGACUUGCAGAGAAAUACCGGUAAUGUGCAAAACCAACAAAUCAUUGUGAAGAUUUUGUUGCACGUGUUUAGCAAUUUCCUUUGAAGUAUUAACUUUUCAGAACCCCCAAUAUUAGAAUAGAUAGUCAGGUACUUAUAAUAUACACUGGUACCAUCAUUCAGCAGUUUUGAAUGCAUUUGAACUACAGUUUACAUUUGCUACACGUGAAGUUGCUUUGCCUGUGAUCAUUCUCAUAAUUACAUGACUGUAUUCUAUUGUUCCUCUGAUUGGCUAAAAACGGUUUGAAAAGUAAUGAGUAAAUAUCAUAUCAACUUAUGUUGGGCUAUAAAUAGUACAAUAAUAAAAAUAGAUCGAAGUAGGUGCUUGUAAAACCAAUAUCAAACUGAUAUGGUCUAAAAAUAGAUGGCAAUAUUUCCAAUUUCAAUCGUCCAAUUAAAUGAGAAUACAAUUGUAAUUACAAGACUGACUAUACAUCUAUUCAUGUAAUAAAGCAAUUAUUGAAUCAACCCUCAAAAAGUUAUAUACACCUCGCCUUCAGCUCGGUGAAUAUAACUUUUUAUGGGUUGAUAUCAACCUAUGAAAAAGUCGACAAUUGUAUACUGUAGGACAGUACCUGCCUGCAACACAGCUGCAGGAUAGUACCUGCCGGCAACACAGCUGCAGGAUAGUACCUGCCGGCAACACAGCUGCAGGAUAGUACCUGCCGGCAACACAGCUGCAGGAUAGUACCUGCCGGCAACACAGCUGUUUACUACUUGCAUAGUCUGUGUGUUUUAAAUGAUUCAGGAUAUACAUUGAAUGAUUAAAUGCUUAAGGAUAUACAUUAUUAACCUUUUGAUUCAAAGCCCCUUUUGAAUGAUUGUCUUUAGUAAGCAUAGCAUAAUUAAAGGCACAUCUGGUAGUUUUUUAGCUCACCUGAGCACCAAGUGCUCAAGGUGAGCUUUUGUGAUCGCCGUGUCAGUCGUCCGUCCGUCGUCAACAGUUUGACUGUUAACACUCUAGAGGUCACAAUUUUGGCCUAAUCUUAAUGAAACUUGGUCAGAAUGUUACCCUCAAUAAAAUCUUGGACGAGUUCGAUAUUGGGACAUCUGGGGUCAAAAACUAGGUCACCAGGUCAAAUCAAAGGAAAAGCUUGUUAACACUCUAGAGGUCACAAUUUUGUCCCAAUCUUAAUAAAAUUUGGUCAGAAUGUUACCCUCAAUAAAAUCUUGGACGAAUUCGAUAUUGGGUCUUCUGGGGUCAAAAACUAGGUCACCAAGUCAAAUCAAAGGGAAAGCUCGUUAUCACUGUACAGGCCACAUUUAUGACUGUAUCUUCAUGAAACUUGGUCAGAAUCUUAAUCAUGAUGAUCGCAAAGUCUGGGUCAUGUAGGGUCAAAAACAAGGUCACCAGGUCAAAUCAAAGGAAAAGCUAGUUAACACUUUAGAGGCCACAUUUAUGACCAUAUCUAAAUGAAACUUGGUCAGAAUGUUAAUCUUGAUGAUCUUUAGGUCAAGUUCGAAUCUGGGUCAUGUGGGGUCAAAAACUAGGUCACCAGGUCAAAUUAAAGGAAAAGCUAGUUAACACUUUAGAGACCACAUUUAUGACCAUAUUUUAAUGAAACUAUCUUGAUGAUCUUUAGGUCAAUAGGUCAGGUGAGCGAUACAGGGCCUUCAUGGCCUCUUGUUUUUUUUUGUCAAGUUUUUUUUUUUUUUUUUUUUUCCUUGGAAAAUUUGUUUUCAGAUUGAAUGCUUUACAAUGAAUGAAGCCUAUAUUUCUGUGAAGAAGGCAUUGUAAAAACUUUUGCCAAGUUUUGAAUGUCAAAAAACAUAUUUCUUUUGUUUUUAGUAAUUUUAGCUAGAAUUCUAAGCUGUGUCAUUCUCUUCCAAAUGAAUACCUUGACUUACAAUAAUUUCGUAAAUUUUAAGAUUGCAGUGUUCAUGAACUAGGAGAUUAUUUUGAACAAAAUUUUAAGUAAAUUAUAGAAUGAUUAGACUAAAUUUUAAAACAACAUUAAAACAUUAAGGACAUUUUUCCAUAUUUGGAAGUUUUGAGUUAAAGGAUGCAAUGAAUUUAAACAAACUCUUUAUCUUUAGUUCAUUCAUUAAAGUCAACAAAUUAAUAAAAUUUCGAAAAAAUCUGUCCAUUAUGAGGAAACUGUCGGAUGUACCUUUAAUAAAUCAUUUUAUUGUAGAUACGAGUUUUUAUUGUACAUGUUAAUGUUUGUUGUUGAUAUUGUAAGAGAAAACAGUUCAUAAUACAGUUCAAGAGCCAUAAUAUAUUGUACUAUAUGUUAUUUUUGCAUGAUUUUGUUAUAUUUCUAUAUCAAUCAAGAGUAUAUUGUGUGAAGUUAUUUUGAUAUGUCAGAUUUUCUCAUGCCUGGUGUCGGAUUUUUAAGACUUAGCAGAGCUAUAUUUUAGAUAUUUCCUUAUAUGGUAAUAUAUUUUCUUGUUGAUAUAUUACGGUAUUCUUUGAAUUGCUUUAUCAUUUUCUAGUCAUUGUCUGUGUCUUAGUUAUUUGUCUGUCUUACAGACCCUUUCCCUCUUGCUUGUAUAAUUACUUCCCCUUAAUUACAUACAGGAAUUCAUCCCCUUGUCAGUUUCAAAACCAUUCAUCAAGUCCUGUAGGUAAGCCUUUUCAUUAGAAUACGAUUUGAAAAAUAGGAAUUUCAGAGACUGGUCUGUUCAGCCAUAUAACCACUAUAAUUAUAAGUAGUGAGGGAAUGUAUUUGGAUACAAGCUGUAAAAACCAUAAGGGAGGAUAUUUGAUAUAAGGUUUUUAGAUAUAAACUGUAAGGGAGGGUAUUUAGAUAUAAACUGUAAAGAAUGGUAUUUAGAUAUAAACUUUCAGUGCCCCUCAUCGAUGUGGGUUCUACCCAGGUGCCCGUCGUGAUGAAAUAAUGCACAGAGGGGCACCUGGGGUCUUCCUCCACCAUUAAAGCUGGAAAGUCGCCAUAUGACCUAUCAUGUGUCGGUGCAACAUUAAAUCCAACAAAAAAAAACUUUCAAGGUAGGUAUUUUUUAGAUAUAAACUUUAAGGGAGGGUAUUUGGAAGUUACCAGAUGUGUGUAGCAAUAUCAGAAUUUUACAACAGACAGCAAUACCGGUAUGUAUAAAAUAAUAGUAUCAACUGUCUUUGUUUUUUAUGAGAAUGAUACAAAAGCACUAAGUUCCACUACAUGUAUAUAUUACAGUACAUUUUUAGUAGAUGACCAAGGAAAUAGAAAUAUGUUAUAGACUUUGUAACUGCUUGGAACUCACAAAAUGCACCAUUUUGUUUUUUGGAACAUGUCUCUCAUAUUUUUUGCUAUACAAUUUUUCCCUUUUACCAGGCGGUGUAUCAAGACAUAUAUAAGGUCUAGGCCAGGUGAGUAAUUUAGAGCAGUCGUGACCCUCUUGUUUCACUUCUUGUUGGAAAUUACUUAGAAAUGAAAAUUCUGAAUUUCAAAAUAAAAUGACAAAACUGUGUACAUCAAUACAAGGGAUCAAGGUCAGACAAGUUAUGUCUGGCUGUAUGUAUGAUGAAAAGUGAGAUAAGUUUUAUUUAGGUAUAUUGUGUAGAGAAUGUUUGCAUACUGGGUUUUGGAACUACAUUCCAACUUUUUUUCAUCAAACUUGGUUUAUGAAAUCCUUCCCUUUUCUGAAACUCGACAUCUGGUACCAGGAAAAUAUAUAGUGUAUAUUGUUGUACCACUGGUGACUUUUAACUAUUAAGAAACAUACCUCCGGUCCUGACGUUAUUACCCUUGUACAAUAUUGUAAACUUGUAAGUUGCAACUUGAAUGUUGUUGUUGUCAUUAAAUUUUCAAUUAAAACAUAGUUAGAGGUUGUAUACACUACUGAUUGCUCUGUCAAAUUUACCUGGGCCUAUCAGUUUUGAGCAGUUCAAAUUUAUAUUUUUCUAAAACAUCUCUUAUUUACUCUGGAUACAAAAUACUUCAUUUAGCUUAUUUUAAAUUGUACAUUCUAACUGAAAUAGAUAAAUUGAGCCGUGCCAUGGGAAAACCAACAUAGUGGGUUUGCGACCAGCAUGGAUCCAGACCAGCCUGCGCAUCCGCGCAGUCUGGUCAGGAUCCAUGCUGUUCGCUAACAGUUUCUCCAAUUCCAAUAGGCUUUAAAAGCGAACAGCAUGGAGCCUGACCAGACUGCGCGGAUGCGCAGGCUGGUCUGGAUCCAUGCUGGUCGCAAACCCACUAUGUUGGUUUUCCCAUGGCACGGCUCAAUUUACGAUUGUGCUUUGCAUUGUGAUGAGGAUUAAGAUGAACAAUUGAAAAUAGAAAAAUGCCUUAAACAGGUCUAGGAAAGAGGUAUAUUUACAGAUAAUCUAUAAAUUUACAGAUCAUGUGUUUGAAAACUGCUAAAAUUAUAUAUAGACUCAAAAUCUCAGCUUGAAAUUAAUUGAUUUACUAAUGGUGUGUAUAAAUAAAGGUCAGUUGUAACUCUCAGUCAUUUCUGUUGACUUUGAUUUUUCUUAAAAUGUCAAAAAAACUCAAAGUUAACAAAAUUGGCUGAAACUCAGAAAUGACCUUAAUUUAUGCAUACAAUACAUAAACCAAUUAAUUUCAAGCUGUGGUUUUGAGAAUAAAUGUAAUUUCAUCAGUUUUCAUAUACACAAUCUGUAAAUUUAUAGAUCGAAAAAUCUGUAAAUUUAUAGAUUAACUGUAAAUAUACCACUUACCUAGACAUGUUAAACAUGUAGUAAUUUUAUUGUUCUUUUUCACUCAUUAUUCAGUAUAUUUUAUUGACAUUGCAUAUAUGAUUUGUUAUUUUUGUUUAAGAAUAAAAGUUUUAUUGUAUAGAUGUAAAUGUUUUAGAGGUUCCAUUUUGUUGUGCAAACCUUUAUAGCUCACCUGAGCCAAAGGCUCAUGGUGAGCUUUUGUGACCGCUCAAUGUUUGUCGUGUGUCGUGCGACGUGUGUCGUCCGUCUGUCAACAUUUUCUAAAAAAAUCUUUUUGAAAACCACUUGGCAGAAUUACACCAAACUUCACAGGAAUGAUCCUUGGUUGGUCCCCUUUCAAAAUUGUUCAAAGAAUUUAUUUCCAUGCAGAACUCCGGUUGCCAUGGCACCCAAAAGGAAAAACUUUAAAAAUCUUCUUGUCCAAAACCGCAAGGCAGAGAGCCUUGAUAUUUGGCAUGUUACAUAAUCUUAUGGUCCUCUAUUAAGGUGGUUCAAAAUGUGCCCCUGGAGUGAAAUGAGGCCCCGCCCCUGGGGUCACAAGUUCUACAUAGACUUGUAUAGGAAAAAACUUAAAAAAUCUUCUUGUCUAAAACCACAAGGCCUAGGCCUUUGAUAUUUUGUAUGUAGCAUUGCCUUGUGGUCCUCUACGAAAAUUGUUCAAAUUAUGCCCCUGGGGUGAAAAGAGGCCCUGCCCCGUGGGGUCUCAAGUUUUACAAAGACUUAUAUAGGAAAAAAACUUUAAAAAUCUUCUUGCCUGAAACUGCAAGGCCUAUGCUUUUGAUAUUUGGUAUGUUGCUUUUCCUAGUGUUUCUCUACCAAAAUUGUUCAAAUUAUCCCCCAGGGGUGAAAAGAGGCCCUGCCCUAGGGUACCAGUCUAACAUAGGCUUAUAUAGGGGAAACAAAAAAAGAUCUUCUUGUCUGAAAGUUCAAGGCCUAGGCCUUUGAUAUUUGGCAUGUAGCAUUGCCUGGUGGAUCUCUACCAAGUUUGUUCAAAUUAUGCCCCUGGGGUGAAAAGAGGCCCAGCUCUGAGGGUCAUUUGUUAUAAUUAUGAGUUAUACAGGAAAAAAUACUUCAAUAAUUUUCAGAUCAUAUUUCCAAGACUGUUUAAUUAUAAUUACCUGAUGACCCAAAGCGAUUAGGGAUCACUUGACUGUGACCUUGACCUACUGACCUACUUUCUUGUUUUUUAAGAUACAGCCUUGAAAUUUGGAUGCCAUGUACAGUUUUACACACCAGUCUUAAAACUGACUUUCAGUUACCAUGAAUGUGACCUACUGACAUACCUUCUUAAUAUUCUAGCAUCUGCUUGCCAUUUGAAACAUGUGGCUUAUAUUACUCAGGCAAGCGAUACAGGGUCAUCAUGACCCUCUUGUUUCUCUUCUCAUAAAUAUUUGUAUCAGUACUUUUUGGUGAACAUGAAUGCUAUGUAUGUAAGUUAUAGUAACAUUGAAUGUGCUGCUUCAGAAAUUUUGUCAUUGUGUAACCAUUUAACAUCUGACAUGUUGUUGAAUUAAAAUAAUAAAAGAAAAAUUGAA